GGCUGGUCCAGUUGAGCCAAGAUGGCGGACGUUGAGGAGCAGCUGACUGUAGAAGAGAAGGUCCGGAUUGCUGCAAAUUUUAUCAUCCAUGCUCCACCAGGAGAGUUCAACGAAGUAUUCAAUGAUGUGCGGUUACUGCUCAACAAUGACAAUCUGCUCAGGGAAGGAGCAGCCCAUGCCUUUGCCCAGUAUAACAUGGAUCAGUUUACUCCUACCAAGCUUAAGGAAGAUCAGGUGUUGAUCACAGAGCAUGGAGACCUGGGAAAUGGACGCUUCUUUGACCCACGGAACAAGCUGUCGUUUAAAUUCGAUCACCUGAGGAAAGAGACAAGCGACAUAAAGCCUCAUGAGGGCGAGGCAGCUUUGGAGCCGUGGAGAGAGGCAUGCGACACUGCACUGAGGGCCUACAUCAAAGAGCAUUACCCCACCGGAGUGUGCACAGUUUAUGGGAAAACUAUUGACGGCCAACAAACGAUCAUUGCCUGCAUCGAAGGACAUCAGUUUCAACCCAAAAACUUCUGGAAUGGCCGCUGCCGGUCAGAGUGGAAGUUCAGUGUGUCUCAGGCCACGGCUCAGGUAGUGGGCGUGCUGAAAGUCCAGGUGCAUUACUAUGAAGACGGCAAUGUGCAGCUGGUCAGCCACAAGGACGUUCAAGACUCUAUUGCUGUUUCUAAUGCAAAGCAGACUGCUGAGGAGUUUAUCAAGGUUAUUGAAAAUGCAGAAAAUGAAUACCAGACGGCAAUCAGUGAGAACUACCAGACCAUGUCGGACACCACCUUUAAAGCCUUACGCCGGCUGCUUCCCGUCACUCGCACCAAGAUCGAUUGGAACAAGAUCCUCAGCUACAAGAUCGGCAAAGAGAUGCAAAACGCUUAGACCUGACUCGGCAUGCCAACCCUCUGCUCGCAUUACAAGCCAAGAAACGAACUGAGAGGGGCCCAGACCUGAGCUUGGGGCUGGGGCCAGGCUUAGAGCACAGGCUCCUAUAAGUGUGCUAAGAAAUGUGUUUCUCUCGUUUGUUUAUUCUAAUUUUUUUUUUAAUUUUACAAAAGCCAAGGUUUAACCUCAGCUAAAGAGACUGCCUCCUUUUCUGUAUUGUCGGAAGGCUGUGAGCUUGUUCUAAUGGGUUUAGCAACAGUACUUGCUGUUGAACAAAUACCUCCUGCAACACCAGUGCACAGGGUCAGAAAUGUAUUCCCCCAUCCUUGUGUUUUUGUCCCCACCUCCCUGAUCAUCACCCCUUACGCACACCGUGCUCAGAGGGACUUUUCUGGACGUAGCGUAAACUUUGUUCUUGAUGACAUGAAAAAUCUCCAUUAAUGAACACAUUUUCUGAAACAUGCUUUGGAGUAGCAUUUGAUUUUGAUUUUAAAACUAGCUUUCUUACAUAAAAACCUUUUAAACCAGAGCUUUUCAAAUGCACUUGAACUUUCGUCUUGAUCAGAUGAACAGACUGAACUGCCUUUGUCAGUGAAAAUGGUCCGUGGUAGUUACGCUUAGGCCAAACUGUAAUCUAACGAGCUUUUAGAAGUCCUGCUCGCACUUCAGGCUAAUACCAUCUGUGUGAGCUGAUAGCUUAGAUCUUGAUACUUUUCGUCAUGAACCAGAAGGUUUUUGUAGUGUAGGUGAGCACAGGAUUCUGUCUAGUGGUCCGUAAUGCCUGUGCUAGUGUACUGGAGCUGAAAGUGCGUAAUUUGGGCCUCUACUAUUUUGUUACUGCACUCAAAGCAACAAUUAUCAAGUCUCAGAUUAUCUAGAUCAUGCCAACAUUUGAUUUUUACAUUUUUUUGUUAUUUUUUUAAAUAUGAUUUAUAACCUUUGCAAUCAUGUUCAUGUAAUCCUAAUUUGUGCCAAAUCUUUCAGUAGUAGUUGUUCAUUUACUAUUAUUGGACAUAUUACUAAAUAAUAACUGUUUUUUUGGCUAGUUUUUUUUCUGUAGCCACGCACAAGUUAUGCAAAACUAAAAUAUGUUCAUGGUUACUUGGUUAAUUGUUAAUUUUUAAUUAUCUUUAUUAAAAUGUAAAUCCUGUCCAGAAAACUACCCCCUGGAAGUCUAGGCCAUAUGAACACAUGCCUAAUCCUUGAUGCUUAUACCACGGUUGUUAGAAAAAAAUGAAUACUUAAAGUAUCUAAACGCUCUGGAGAUCGUUUUUGAGGUGUGCUCUGUUUGACUGGUCAAAUGUGCGUAAACCUUGAAAAGGUUUCCCUUUUUCUUGUCCACAUUUGAUACCUUUUUCAGCCCACCUUGUUUGGUCAGCACAAUAACGGAUCUCCUAAAAACAGUGUUUUGUCAGGUGUUAUCAUGUAAAUGUACUGUCAUUUGAUGGAGUUUUUGCCAAAGUAAGCAGCACUGUGUUGGUGUGGUCCACAGUUUCAGUUUACGGAUGUAGCGUUUAACGUCCCCGUUUGUUUGAUUGGAAAUGGUCAGUUUGUCACCCCCUGGUGUCUAAAACUGGUAUACUGUAUGCAGUCACACAAAGUUUACUUUUGAUCUCUGCCUCCUUCCCAAGCAUUUAUUACUAUUUUAUACAAAGUGUAUGAACAAAUAUGAUACCAGAGGAAUAAAGAGAUUUGCACCAA